AUGGCCGCGCCAACAGGCAAUAAUGCCAAUCUGACUGCUAAGAGACUGAAUGUCUUGGUCUAUUCCGGUGCGCUCAAUUACUCAGCCCAUCAACUCAGCCGCUUGCUCACCGACAGCGGUACAAUAGGAACCGGAACGACCGUUGACUCAGUCCGUCACUGCGUCUACACCCUACGCCGCUUACUCGCUUCCCACUAUGCUGUCACUCCAGUCACGGGGGACAUGCUUCUCAACGAGCCAUGGACAGCAACCUGCGCUCUCUUGGUGAUCCCCGGUGGCGCAGAUCUAGGAUACGGCCGCACGCUUAAUGGUGCGGGGAACCGGCGCAUCACACAGUUCGUGCGUCGCGGGGGCCACUACUUGGGAUUGUGCGCGGGUGGCUACUAUGGUUGCAAAAAGUGCGAGUUCGAGGUCGGGGAUAAGACAAUGGAGGUCAUUGGAGAGCGUGAAUUGGCAUUUUACCCUGGCACUUGUCGUGGCGGGGCGUUUCCGGGUUUCGUUUAUCAUAGUGAAAAUGGUGCCAGGGCGGCUGGACUGGAUGUUUCAAAGGAGGCAUUGAGUGGUGGCACAGCGCCUACCCAUUUCAGAUCAUACUACAAUGGAGGCGGAGUCUUUGUGGAUGCGCCGAAGUUCAAAGAUCAAGGGGUAGAGGUGCUGGCCAAUUACUCCGAGAAGCUCAAUGUUGACCCUGGAGAAGGCGCAGCUGCUGUUGUAUACUGCAAGGUUGGGGACGGUGCGGCUAUUUUGACAGGACCUCACCCGGAAUUCGCCGCAGUCAAUCUCAAUCCAAAUGAAGGCGGGUCUGACUAUAAAGAUGUCGUGGAUGCCAUUGCUGCUGAUGAUAAGGAACGUACGGAGUUUCUGAAAGCUUGCCUGCUCAAGCUUGGCCUGCAAGUUGCACAAGACACCUCAGUGCCUUCUCUGUCAUCCUUGCACGUUUCUGGCUUAGAUGCCGAUGUGCCGUUGGAAAUAUUGUCAUUGCUUGCCCCAUCACUAACAAACGAAAAUGACAACGAAUAUCUGAAAGAUGAGAACGAUACAUUCCGAAUUGAGCGUCCAGGUGCAUGGAAACUGAGCGAUCUGGAGGAGGCACUCCCCACUGAUGGCGACGGCAUUGUUGAUUACCAGACCGUUACCAAGCGACUCGUGAUUCACGAUGAGCUACCAUCUUCGAAGCUUACCCUUACUUCAACCACCAUGCAUUUUACUCAAACCUUCGCCAAUACCAGUCCGAGUCUCGGGAGCACCAACACAAUCCUCGAAAAAAACACAAAACUUCUGCGGCUUCUACCACAAGGAUUCACCGCCACUGCGACGGUCCAAGUUGCUGGACGAGGACGCGGGUCCCAUGUUUGGAUUUCUCCAGCUGGAUCAUUACUUUUCUCGACGGUGGUGAAGCAUCCGAUGGAAAAGAUCCAAUCUGCACCUGUAGUGUUCAUCCAAUAUCUAUCAGCCAUGGCUGUAGUGAAAGGUAUCAAGAGUUAUGCCAAGGGCUAUGAGAAGCUGCCCAUCAAAAUGAAGUGGCCGAAUGACGUUUACGCCCUUGACCCGGAGGACCCCGAACAGAAACGGUACACUAAAAUUUGCGGCAUACUUGUCAACUCCCACUUCAUGUCAAACGAAUACAUCUCUGUUGUUGGCAUUGGCCUCAACGCCACAAAUGCUUCUCCCACCACUGCACUCACGGCCCUCGCCGCCAAAUACGCCUCGCCUGGGGCUGCUGCUGCAUGCCCUAUCACACUCGAAAAACUACUUGCACGCAUUUUGACAACCUUCGAAGAUCUCUAUACCCGCUUCCUCCGGACUGGAUUUGACCGUGGCAUGGAGGAGCUGUAUUACGACGACUGGCUCCACAUGCAUCAGAUUGUCACUCUUGAGGAGGAGGGCGGUGCUCGUGCCCGCAUCCAGGGAAUUACCCGAGAUUAUGGUUUGCUGCUUGCUGAGGAGCUGGGGUGGAAUGACCGACCAACAGGACGAGUCUGGCAGUUACAGAGCGACAGUAACAGCUUUGACUUCUUCAAGGGCCUCGUCAAACGGAAGAUCUGA